AUUUGAUCAGCAUAGAAAAGCUUGAGUAUUCUGGACAUACUGGAUUUUAUUCAGGCAGACCAAGCAGCUUGUAAAGUGAUUGAGUUGAGUCUAGCCUCGUCCUCAUUCUCCGGCCGCCCCGCCAUGUCAUUGAAUCACUGGGACCGGAUGCAGUAUGGGCGUACCUCAACAGACCGACCGGACCCGCUACAUGCGCUCCACGAGGCUGGCCGGAGGCCGCCUGAAGAGCCCGCUAAGCAAGUCCCGCCUCACCAUGAAUGGACGCCAUACAAGGGUCCUCUCGUGUGGACAGGCCCAGAUGGUAAUCGUAACUACCGGCCGCACCAGUGCCGGGAUUGGCAGUCGCUUGGGGUCGGGGAGUUGUCUCCGGAAAAGACACUAAGCGCCACGUACAUCAGCCGCGCGCCGGACGACCAGCCAUUCCCGUCCCCCCGGGCGGGCGCUAUGGGGGAGAUCGGUUGGUUUUACAAGGACUUCAGUCACUCCAUCAGACCCUCUCGACCCGCGAACUUGAACAGAUGAUUUGUGUGAUGUAUUCGAGCAUUAUUCGUUCUUGCAAUAUCAUAUUUGUAAUUGUUUAUGUAACAAAAAAUACUCUUGAUAUGUUUAAUGUUCUUUUAUUACACAGUUUAAAAAAGUUAAACAACAAGAAAAAACAAACAUUAUAAGUUAAACGACUAUAAAGGCAGUCUCUCGAUGGCUCUCACAAAACUAUUUUUUUAAGUGUGAAAAGUUAACUACAUGUUUGAGCCGUAAGCUUUCUAAUUAAUCCAGAAAACCGCAUGAGUAUACCAAUUCUAGUACAUUUGUUUUAUGUUAAUCAACAUAUGACGUUAUAUGUGAAGUGUCACUGAUGACAAACGUGACAUAUUGUUUGUGCGUAUCUAGAACAAGUUGUUUCCCCAAUUUAUGACCGACUUUAUCUUGAUGACAUCACUAUGUCCAUAUGACGAUAACUCAACACAUUCCAAAAAAUAACAACAGACAAGUUCAAAAUCUUUCGCAUCAUGUUUUCACUCGCAAAUCGGGCGAUUCCGACUCCCGGAGGUAGGCAAGGUCGUUUUCCUCCUCCUUCGAAGGGUAGCUGUUCAGGAUGAUGAACGCCCGCACGAGCAACACAAACGCAAAGGCGAACACCAGCGCACCAACGACACACGUGACAACG